CCCCCGUCGUCCUCCGCCUGUGCGCCGCCUGUAAGCUGUAACAUGUACCGGUACUUCGGAGGGGUUCUCUCCCGGGGAGCGGGCUCCGUGCUGGGCCCCGGUGGCCCCGGUGGCCCCGGUGGCCCCGGUGGCCCCGCCUCGCUCCCCGCCGCCGCCGCGUCCCUGCUGCGGCCCCGCGGCUACAGCCAGGCCGUGGACCGGGACGACGACCCCAACUUCUUCUCCAUGGUGGAGGGCUUCUUCGACCGCGGAGCCGCCGUGGUGGAGGACCGGCUGGUGGACAGCCUGAGGAACCGGGAGAGCGCCGAGCAGAAGAAGAAGCGCGUCCGCGGCAUCCUGCGCAUCAUCAAGCCCUGCAACCACGUCCUCAGCGUCUGCUUCCCCAUCAAGAGGGACAACGGGGAGUGGGAGGUCAUCCAGGGCUACCGGGCCCAGCACAGCCAGCACAGGACCCCCUGCAAGGGAGGAAUCCGUUACAGUAACGACGUCUCUGUGGACGAAGUGAAAGCUCUGGCUUCACUCAUGACCUACAAGUGUGCUGUAGUGGAUGUGCCGUUUGGUGGAGCCAAAGCCGGAGUGAAGAUCAACCCCAAAAAUUACUCCGACAACGAGCUGGAGAAAAUCACCAGGAGGUUCACCAUCGAGCUCGCCAAGAAGGGCUUCAUCGGACCUGGUAUCGAUGUUCCUGCUCCCGACAUGAGCACCGGGGAGAGGGAGAUGUCCUGGAUCGCCGACACCUACGCCACCACGCUGGGACACCAUGACAUCAACGCUCACGCCUGCGUCACCGGGAAGCCCAUCAGCCAGGGAGGAAUCCACGGACGCAUCUCCGCCACCGGACGAGGAGUUUUCCACGGAAUCGAGAACUUCAUCAACGAGGCGGCCUACAUGAGCCAGCUGGGGAUGUGUCCCGGCUUCCAAGACAAGACCUUCGUCAUCCAGGGUUUUGGUAACGUGGGUCUUCAUUCUAUGCGGUACCUUCAUCGUUCUGGGGCCAAGUGUGUCGGAAUCGGAGAGAUGGACGGAAACAUCUGGAACCCCAACGGCAUCGACCCCAAAGAGCUGGAGGACUACAAACUGGAAAACGGGACCAUCGUUGGGUUCCCGAACUCGACACCGUACGAAGGAAGCAUCCUGGAGGCCGACUGUGACAUCCUGCUCCCAGCCGCCGGAGAGAAGCAGCUGACCAAGAGCAACGCUCACAAGAUCAAGGCCAAGAUCAUCGCCGAGGGGGCGAACGGUCCGACCACGCCCGAAGCCGACCGCAUCUUCCUGGAGAGGAACAUCCUGGUGAUCCCGGACAUGUACCUGAAUGCGGGCGGUGUGACCGUGUCGUACUUUGAGUGGUUGAAGAAUCUGAAUCACGUCAGUUACGGUCGACUCACCUUCAAAUACGAGCGAGACUCAAACUACCACCUGCUGAUGUCGGUUCAGGAGAGUCUAGAGAGGAAGUUUGGUAAACAUGGAGGUGCGAUCCCCAUCGUCCCCACCUCUGAGUUCCAGGCCAGGGUCGCUGGAGCGUCUGAGAAAGACAUCGUCCACUCAGGGUUAGCCUUCACCAUGGAGCGCUCUGCCAGGCAAAUCAUGCGAACAGCCAACAAGUACAACCUCGGUCUGGACCUGAGGACGGCGGCGUACGCCAACGCCAUCGAGAAGGUCUUCCAGGUUUACAACGAGGCCGGACUCAUCUUCACAUAGAGCGCCUGUCUGUCUGUCUGUCUGUCUGCCUGUCUGUCUGUCUGUCUGUCUGUCUGUCUGUCUGUCUGUCUUCUGCCUGUCUGUCUGUCUGUCUGUCUGUCCUCCAUCACCUCUGCAGGAUUUCUUCAUCACAAAGCGUUUACAGUUUCGUGUGUUUCGUCUUCGUCUUCGUUCUUCAUCCACAGGAGGACCUUCUGGUUUCACAGCUUUAUCAGCGUUUGUUUUUUAACGUGCUGCUUUCUUCAGGUUAAUAACUGAAUAUAGAAACAUAUCUGAAUAUAUAAAAGCCUUAAAGUCACCGUUUGCCUGCAAUAAACACGAAGUGGACAAAAGUCUGUGGACGGCCUCAUUCACAAAGCUCCGUGUUUGGACGAUUACUGGAUUGAUUAUAGAUUAAACCUGAAGAUAUUAUUGAUUAUCAUUUUUUUUUUUACUUUUAUCUUCUGGGUUAUAGAAUCAUUUUAAGCCUUUUUGGACAUCAUGCAAUAAAAAAAAAAAAACGGAUACAAAAUCAGUUUGAAGGCGUCACAAGCAAAAAAGAAACUGGAUGAGAUUAGUGACGGAAAAUUAAUAUUCAAAUGUUUUGAUUAUCAACUUUUUGUUUAAGUCAUUGUUGACGCAGAAACGUCUUCCAGCUCCUCAGAUGUGAUUAUGUUUUAGAUUCUUUUCAUCUUUUGGACAUUUAAAGACUAAAUCGUCACAGUUUCAGAAACAGCUUCGACUUCAAUUUAAAAAACAGGAAGUUUUCACGUCUGAGAACCAAAAAGUCGAUUAUCAAAAUCUUCUUAUCCAGCAUGUUCAGCGUUUUCUUUUUCUGACGACUUAAAAUGACCCGUUAUUGAUUGUUAUCUGGAAAACCUUUAAACAUGAUUUGGAAGCAGAUGAAAUCCGGUGUCCACAUACUUUUGGCCACAUAGUGACUCUACAUGUUCUACAUUUGUUUUUGUUUUAUGCGGUUUACAUGUGCCUCAGGAUUUAUGGAGUUUAGGGUUACGUUUAUUAAAGGGUCAUUCUGGAGCAUUUGUGUGUUUUGGAUUCCAAAUCAUCCGUCAGAUUUUACUUUUGAUCAAGUACUCUGAUCCUUCAUUCUACAGUUAUAUACUUCUUAUUUUUAAUAUUUGUAUCAAGGAAUAAAGAGAUUCAUAAUCGCUCUCUAAUCAAAGUACUGUGCAUGUCAGUGGAGCCAAAGAAAAAGGUAGAGGUGAAGAAUGUAAACAGAUUAGAAUAUAUAAAAGCAAUCCUUCUCAGGUUUCAAUGAUCUCAGACCUGAAACUUGUUGCUCCUCAUCGAUUUAUGAUAAAGAUGAAUUGUUUUAGAGAAAAGGUUAUUUUAUUUGGUCAUCUUUGAGAAGAUCAUAAAUAUAUAGAGAGAAAAGUCGAGCUGUUACAUUCAAAGUGAGUUUUUUUGUGUGUUCUCUGAGCUCUGAUUCUUCCUGCAGUGACUUUAUAUUUUAUAUUUCAAUCUGAUGCCCAGAGUUUCGUCUCUACAUUUCUAUGGCAACCGGUGGCACAAAUAAAAGAGGGAACGCCGUGUUUACUGUCAUGGUCAACAGGAAGUUGGUUCAGAGAGCAGCAGCUAGAUUUGAGGUCUUUUUUCUGUCUGAUUGAAAAGCUUUGGGAUUCUGUGUGAGGGAGUUUUUACGCCUUUUUGUUAAAACGUUACAGCAAAAAUAAAGAACCAAAAAAAGAUGUGUUCAAGCGUUUUUAU